AUGCGCUCCACAUUCGUUCUCGCAGCCCUUCUCUGGCUCGCUGCAGCGCAAACUUCGGUCGUCUCCAUUCCCUUCUACAUCCUCGACACGCAAUCCAUCGAAGCGUCCAUCAUCUCCGCAAAUCCCUCCGCCACAACGAUGGCCCUCAAUUGUCCCGCCGGCACCGACGCAAGCGACUGCGGUCUCUUCCCUGAGAUGAUCCUCAUCUACGGUCCCUCUACAUACCAUCUCGACAUGGGCGUCGGCGACGCCCAGGUGUUUACAGGUAGCGUAGAUUGUAAUCGCGCAGCGACCGUGACGUGCAUUGAAUUUGCGUCGGGGAGUGAGGCGAAUUUUCCGGGGAGUAGCACGACGACAUAUGAAAGUGAGGAAAUUCUGACGUUGCCUGUUACGGUGACCAGUGGGGCGGAAAAGCUAGGUGCCCAGGCAAGCGCAACUGGUAGCGCCCAGAGAAGCGCAAGUACGAGCGGCAGCUCUGCGGCUUCUGGAAGUGCAGCGAGCUCUUCUACGGCGAGCGUUACGCAGAUUGUUGGCACAAGUAGCGCGAUUGCGAGCGGUACGUCACAUACCUCUGGUGUUACUUCUGCUUCAGCGACUCCCUCCACAGGCGCGGCAUCGGCCAACGUCGCCAUUUCCUAUAGCGCUUUUGUUGGUGCAGCCGCAGUUCUACUCCUCUCAUAG